GCUGAAUAACCGCGGAAGGUCGCGCAGAAAGUAGAGGAAAUGACCUAGCAUGCCGCGCUGGGGCUUCUGGGGGUUGUAGUCAACAAGCCCCGUGGUACACCAGGACAAUGCCUGACGACAGAGGCAGAGAAAACUACAACUUCCAGCAUGCCUCGCUACCCUUUUCUUUAGCGAGCGUUCUUCCUCGCGACUAUCCUGUUCCGCCCCAUCUGUGUGCCGCACAGCUUGAGUAGAAAAGCUGGUCCAGCGGCGGUGGAGGCUGGCGCUGUCCUGAGAGGGAGGGCUCGGUGUGGAAGAGAUGAAUCGGACAAAGGGUGAUGAGGAGGAGUAUUGGAAUAGCUCCAAGUUCAAGGCUUUCACCUUUGAUGAUGAAGAUGAUGAGCUCUCACAGUUAAAGGAGUCCAAGCGGGCAGUGAAUAGCCUUCGAGACUUCGUGGAUGAUGAUGAUGACGAUGAUCUGGAGCGAGUCAGCUGGAGUGGGGAACCUGUUGGGAGUAUCUCAUGGUCCAUCAAAGAGACUGCUGGUAGUAGUGGGUCAAACCAUGAGGGGCGUGAACAGCUGAAGAGCCGAAACAGCUUCUCCUCCUACGCACAACUACCCAAACCUGCUUCUACCUACUCCCUCAGCAGCUUUUUUAGAGGUAGAAACAGACCUGGAAGUUUCCAGUCCCUUUCUGAUGCUCUGUCGGAUACACCUGCCAAAAGCUAUGCUCCAGAGCUUGGGAGACCCAAGGGGGAGUAUAGGGAUUACAGCAAUGACUGGAGCCCCAGUGAUACCGUGCGACGCCUCCGGAAGGGCAAGGUCUGCUCACUAGAAAGAUUCCGCUCCUUACAGGACAAGCUUCAACUCCUAGAAGAGGCAGUUAGCAUGCAUGAUGGAAAUGUCAUUACCAUGGUUUUGAUCUUCCUGAAGAGGACACUGAGCAAAGAGAUCCUCUUCCGAGAGCUGGAGGUGCGACAGGUUGCCCUGAGACAUCUCAUCCACUUCCUUAAGGAAAUAGGGGACCAAAAGCUGCUUUUAGACCUCUUCAGGUUCCUAGAUAGAACAGAAGAGCUUGCGCUAUCCCAUUAUCGAGAACAUUUGAACAUUCAGGACCCUGAGAAACGUAAAGAGUUUCUUAAGACCUGCAUUGGUUUGCCAUUUUCAGCCGAAGAUUCUGCACACAUACAAGACCAUUACACGCUCCUGGAGCGUCAGAUCAUUAUUGAGGCAAAUGAUCGACAUUUAGAAUCAGCAGGACAGACUGAGAUCUUCCGAAAGCAUCCCCGCAAAGCUUCCAUCCUCAACAUGCCUCUGGUGACCACGCUCUUCUACUCCUGCUUCUAUCACUACACGGAGGCUGAGGGGACAUUCAGCAGUCCCAUCAACCUGAAGAAGACAUUUAAGAUCCCAGACAAGCAGUAUGUGCUGACAGCCUUGGCUGCUCGCGCCAAACUCCGAGCCUGGCAUGAUGUAGAUGCCCUCUUCACCACAAAGAACUGGCUGGGCUACACCAAGAAGCGAGCACCCAUUGGCUUCCAUCGGGUGGUGGAGAUUCUGCACAAGAACAGUGCCCCUGUCCAGAUUUUACAGGAAUAUGUCAAUCUAGUGGAAGAUGUGGACACAAAAUUAAACCUAGCUACUAAGUUCAAGUGCCACGAUGUCGUCAUUGAUACCUGCCGGGACCUGAAGGACCGUCAGCAGUUGCUCGCAUACAGGAGUAAGGUGGAUAAAGGAUCUGCAGAGGAAGAGAAGAUUGAUGCCAUUCUCCACAGCUCGCAAGUUCGAUGGAAGAAUUAAGUGGCAUUAACUUCCCUGAAACGCUGCCUCAUUUCUUCCUUUCCUGCCUGUGGAAGUCGAGAGAGCUCUCCCUUACAGAGUUACAGCAUCAUACCGCUUGGGCUCAUCACCAGGCAGUGCUGCUCUUGGGACAGAAACCAGCACCUGGGUGCAGGUAGCUUCAGAGUGACCUGCCCAAGGGACAUCAUCUAAGGGCCAAGAUCUAAAACUUUGACUCCUGAGAGAGAGUCUCUCCACCUGGUGCUCACGUGAAGGUGGAAGUGAUUUCUAGAUGGGCCCAUAUCGGAUAAGAUCUCUGUUGGCCUGAGGAAAGUGACUGGCCCAGGAAGGAAGUGUCCUAGACUGAGGUACAGGUGUUGUAGGGUGGCCACUCCAUUCCGUUCAGCUUUUUCUGACCCAGGACUUUGUGCUGGACAUCGGCAUUUCUGCUCUGAAUGAAGUGAGAACAGAGCCAAUGUGGCCAUCUUCCAGGCCUCCGGAAGGAGUCCUGGUGUUGCCCGGGACCACUGGGGGUGCACUCACACCAGACUGCUCAGAGUCCUCCACAGUAGGACAGAUGCGGCCCAGAAGUUGUGUUUCUUCAGUGUCCCUCUGCCUCCUAGUCUGCUCUCUGUCUAGAAACUAGGGUCUCUCUCAUCCACACACUGAGCUGGCCUUGUUUGGAUAAAGAGACGUUCCCCUUCUCUGUUCCUCUGCUUUUCCUCUCCCAGACCUUUAACCUUAUCUGGAGCGCAGAUUCAGCAGUGCUGGAGAGCUCUCCCUUUGUGCAAAACUCUCAUUACUUCACCAGGAGCUUCCAGAAGCUUUACCUGGGCUAAAUUCAGCAUUCAGCGAUUUCGAUGAAGGUUUUAUUUUCACUUGGUUUAUGAGAGGACAUUCUAAAACACUCCAUUCUUGCCUCCUACCGAUAAUCUUCUCUCUUCCCUGUGACUGAACUGGGUUUUCCUGACAUGCCGAGACUCCUAAUAAAGCUGGUUUUUCCUUGGUG